AUGCCUUAUGCUGACUGGUGCCCGCGUUGCGUGAGGUUCAGAGCUAAAGCAGAUAAGCAUGUGCGUGCAAAGCCAGAUGUGCGUGAGGAUUCCGUGUGCUGCAUGGAUUUUGCAUAUACUGGUAGGCGCACUCCUGCCCAGUUUGAAGGUCACACGCAAGAGAAACUUGUGGUGCUGGUGUUGAAGGAUUCCCACACUGGUGCAGUCCAUGCCAUUCCGACACCUGCCAAGGGUGGCACAAUCGCUUUCAAGUACCUUGUUGCCGAAACUUGCAGAUUCUUGAACUACUGUGGCCACCAAACAUGCACCAUAAGGUCAGACUCAGAGCCGGCCUGCCUGGCCCUGCAACGAGGCAUCAAGGCCUUCCGCAGCAAAAUGGGCCUCCAGACCCAUCUUGAGCAGACGGAGGCGAGUGAUCAUCAGGGCAACGAGGCCGAGCAGAGCAUAGACGGCAUCAGACAACUGGCAGGAUGCAUCUUGGACCAAUUUGAAGAGCGGGCAGAGACCACCAUCGGGUCCAGCCACCCGAUGCACGCCUAUGCUUGGCGCCACGCCGCUUGGUUGCACACGCGGAUGUCUAGGCAAAAUGAUCUAAGUGCUUUUCACGUGAUCAAUGGGCGGCCAUACCUAGGCAAAUUGGUGUGUUUUGGGGAGACAGUGUUUGCCCGUGUCAAAAGUUCCAUAAAAGGAAAAGCUAGAUGGUGCAAAAUGCUUUGGCUAGGGAAACUUCCGGUUUCAGACCUGCAUUUUGGAGUCACUGAAGGGGGUUACAUGCUAUCUUCCAGAUCCAUCCGCAGGUUGCCUAAGCAAUAUUUAGCGACAAUGUGUGCCAGUCUGGUAGACAUGCCGUGGACGCAAGCGUCAUUCCUUGCAGGACAAGUUGGCCAGGCACGCAAGCAGAAGACCCAGGCAGAGGCGUUGAGCGCAGGCGGGGAAGAGGCAAGAGAGGCGGCACAUGAGCAAGUGGCCGAAGUGCCGUCGCAGCAGGGAGCAUCAGAGCAUCCCAUGCCAUUUCCAGAACACUUGUUGCCUGACGAUGCCAUGCUUUCGGAGCUUGUGCCACCACCGCCACGCAUGCCAGCUGCAUACACACCUGAGCCACCUACGCCCAUGAGCUCAACACCGCUCCAGCCGCCACAGGCUGAAACACCAAUAGGGGUCGCCCCCCUGGAUUCUCCUAUGGCGAGCAUGGACCAAGGUGAGAGCAUGCUAUCACCAGGAGACGUGAGGCCUGCCGCCGAACACGCAGGCGGGGAUGCGCCAGCCCGGAAGAAGCUGAGGCUUGAUGCUUUGCAAGUUAGUGCACAUGAUGCAGAAAUGUUCCAUCUUGAUGAAUCCAUUGAGUUGGUAGAUGAAAGUGCAGAGCAAUUUCUUGAUUGCGAAGACCAGGAAGACAAUCAAAGUGAGUGGGCAGAACAGCCUGGCUAUGAUCCGCAACUUCUCGGAUUUCCGGACUCCGCUCGUUGUGCCGUGCCUUGGUCUGCAUUUCCUACGACGUUGUCCGUGCAUGCAUACCCACUGGAAGAGGGACCAAAGGGCGCCCUGCAUGGCGUUACGGGCUUCAUUGGUGGCCCUGGCCCCAACCGUCCUAACGGUCCUAACGGCCAGACCGGUCAAGAAGAGCAAGGGCAACGAGGACCCGGCCAAGGAAUGUCUUGGCUACAAAAAAGUUGGGAAGGUUUCAAUGCAACCUACAGCAAACUUUGGACUGGCGAGCAGCUGACUGCCGAUGAUGUCCAGAGAGAUCUGGAUGUCACUUUUGCCGUGUCGUUGGCAAUAGGCGUGUUCGACUCGUACGUGCGCGUUGCGCCGCCUGCACAGCCACCGGAUUGCGUUUCCUACAACACGCGUGGGACAUGCUGCCCUUCCUUGGCCUGCUACAAGGACCUCCCCAUGGGCCUCAAGAUUUAUGUCACGCUGCUGCUUGUUUUGGCCAUGCGGGGUGCCGUGCGCAUGAUCAGCGAGAAUCCGUCUCUGAGCGCCGGCAACGCGGGAAAGUGCUUGUUCGUGCUGGCCGUUGCUGUGCAAGUCCUUACCACCCUGUACACAUAG